UUCCGCUUCCGGCGCGCCUCGCUCUGGUCCCUGCGGCUGGCGGCCGAGCCUUGUGCCUCCGCCAUAUUGUCUGUGUGCGCCCGGCGGGCGGCGGCGGCGGCGGCUCCGGCAGCUGGAAGAAUCUGAGGCCCGUCUGAGGCCUUUCUCCUCUGUCCAGCCUCGGAGUUCGGGUAGCCCCUGGUUUCAGACACCUCCUCACUUCCACCUGCCAACCUGUCUGAUAUGUCGGGACCCGUGCCGAGCAGGGCCAGGGUUUACACGGAUGUGAACACACACAGACCCCGGGAGUACUGGGACUACGAGUCGCAUGUUGUUGAGUGGGGAAAUCAAGAUGACUAUCAGCUAGUUCGAAAAUUAGGCCGAGGCAAAUACAGCGAAGUAUUUGAAGCCAUCAACAUUACAAAUAAUGAAAAAGUAGUCGUUAAAAUUCUCAAGCCUGUUAAAAAGAAGAAAAUCAAGCGUGAAAUCAAGAUCUUAGAAAACUUGCGAGGCGGUCCCAAUAUAAUCACUCUCGCAGAUAUAGUAAAAGACCCCGUGUCUCGGACCCCAGCUUUGGUUUUUGAACAUGUAAACAACACAGACUUUAAGCAAUUAUACCAGACAUUAACAGAUUAUGAUAUUCGAUUCUACAUGUAUGAGAUUUUGAAGGCUCUAGAUUACUGCCAUAGCAUGGGAAUCAUGCACAGAGAUGUCAAACCUCACAACGUCAUGAUUGACCAUGAGCACAGAAAGCUUAGACUAAUAGACUGGGGUUUGGCUGAAUUCUAUCACCCUGGCCAAGAGUAUAAUGUCAGAGUGGCUUCCAGAUAUUUCAAAGGACCUGAACUCCUGGUAGAUUAUCAGAUGUAUGAUUACAGUCUGGAUAUGUGGAGCUUGGGUUGCAUGUUGGCUAGUAUGAUAUUCCGAAAGGAGCCAUUUUUCCAUGGCCAUGACAACUAUGAUCAGCUGGUGAGGAUAGCCAAAGUGCUGGGAACAGAAGACCUCUAUGACUACAUUGACAAAUACAACGUCGAACUGGAUCCCCGUUUCAAUGACAUCCUGGGCAGACACUCCCGUAAGCGAUGGGAGCGCUUUGUUCAUAGCGAGAACCAGCACCUGGUGAGUCCAGAAGCUCUGGAUUUCUUAGACAAGCUGUUGCGAUACGAUCACCAGUCACGACUCACAGCAAGAGAAGCCAUGGAACACCCCUACUUCUAUCCCAUUGUGAAAGACCAGGCUCGGAUGAGCUCCUCCAACAUGCCGGGUGGCAGCACUCCUGUCAGCAGUGCGAGUAUGAUGUCAGGGAUUUCUUCAGUGCCAACACCUUCACCCCUUGGACCUCUAGCAGGCUCACCCGUCAUUUCUGCCACCACCACGCUGGGGAUGCCCGUUCCAGCUGCUGCCGGCGCUCAGCAGUAGUGAUGGGCUCUGUCUCCUGCUGCCUGAGCUGAGUCAGGUGGGGAAGAGGUUUCCCCCUCCGCCUCUCCUCAGGACGCAGCUCGUGCCUGGCAGGGGAAGGGAGGGGAUGAACGCUUUGGAGGCACCGUGUCUGAACUGUUGCUUGUGGAUUUAUAGUAGUUCAGUCAUUAUAUACAAAAUUAUUAUAGGCUGAUUUUUUUUUUUUUUUUUUUUUUACUUGAACUUUUCGUAACUCAGGGGAUUCCCUGACAAUACCUACAAAUGGAAUAUUUCUUGGACAGUUUCCCACCCCACCCCCCCCCCCCUCACCCCCCCCCCACCCCCCA